AUGCCACAAGGUAAAACAAAAAAUAAACAAUUACCAGCAAAUAUGAAAAAGAAAACAACAAAUAAAGUUAAUCCUGGUAAAAUAUCAAAAACUGUCAUGCAUAAAAAGAAGAAAAAUAUAGGUGGUAAUGGAAAAACCGGACUUAAAGCUGUACAAGAACGUUUAACAACACAAAUUGCUAAAAAUAUUGAACAAGAAUGUGCCAGCAAAGUUAAAUCAAAUGAAGGAAAAUCAUUAUUAAUUGUUAAUGCUAACUGA